AAAAACUUCACACACCGUACUUAUCUUUGCGACCUGUUAUUUGAGCUGUGAAUAAAGUAGAGAAAUAGAGAAAGGGAGGAAAGGAGGGUCGAGUCGGAGCCGUUACUACCGCACAACGCAUCGCCGCACCGGAGUUUCGCCGGACUGCUGUUCACGCAGGAGGAGAAAGAAGCUGAAUCGCCAGAGCCCUCUCCGAUCCUUUCCCUGUUCGCCGGUCGCGCUGAAGAAGACGUACGUACACCACUAGCACCUCAGGACCACCGACCCCAGCACCACCACUGCCGCCACCGGCACCGCUGCCGCAGCACCGCCGCCGCUGCCGCAGCGCCGCCGCCGCCGCCGCCGCCGGCAGUCACUAUCUCAGUGACUCCGGCCAAAGUGACUUCGGCCAAAGUGACUGCCGCCACAGUGACUGCCGCCACAGUGAUUGCCGCCACAUUGACUGCCGCCACAGUGACUCCGAUGCCACAGUGACUCCGCCGCGGUCAGUUCAGUGACAGCCAUCAUUCCGUCCAGUGACUGCCGCCUCCCCUCGUCAGUGACCUCUGCCCGUCACAGUGACCGACCUCCCACCAGCCAUAUGGCCGCCGGAAAGUUUUCAAACGUCGCUCUCUCUCAUCCACAGCCACCGCUGCUCCACCGUCCACUGCCGCCGCCCAUUCUCCGUCCACAACCACCACCCCGUCCCCAGCCCCCUCCCCUGCCCUAGCUAUACACUCCAGAUCCCAACCCAACCCCUAGUCCCCGGCCUAUCCUUUCCCAGCCCCACCUUGAACAGUCAAGCUCAAUCCUGACUACCUGCAACUGAACCCUAGCCACCACCAUCCCCGGAUCUGGCCGUUACUGUUCGUCAUCUUAGAUCUGACCAUCCAUCUGAGGCGAGGCGGACGAAGACGGCCUGUGAGGCGAGGUGAGGCGAGGUGAGGCGGAGGCAGCCUGUUCGAAGACGCUGAGGCGAGGCUAAGGCGGAGGGCGCCUGUGCGGAGAGUGUGAGGCGCAGCAAGGCUGAGGUGGAGGCGGCCUGUGCGGAGGUUCUGAGGCGCGGCGAGGCUGAGACAGAGGCGUCCUGUGCGGCGGGGUUGAGGCGAGUUGGAGGUGAGAAUGGUUGUUUGUUGCGUGCGAUUUGAUGCGCAGGGGAGGGGGAGAAGAAAAGGCAGAUUGCAUAGGGGAGGGGAGGAGACACGCAGGGAGGCUGAGUCACAUUUUUAGAAAAGGGGAAAAGGGUCAUACUUUUGUAAUUUGAAAAGUCAAAUGUCAUAUAUGGGCAAUUAUUUCUGUUAUCAAUCAAAGUCUCAUUACACAUCUUAUUUCCCUAUCUCUCUGUAAACUGCCCUUACGUUUCAUACAUUUCUCGAAUUCUCCUCUCCAUCUUUAUGAGAAUUCCUGGACUGUAUCAUUGAUAUCAGAGCAUUGAUCCUAAUUUUACACAUCAAUUACUCCAAUAUCAGUGCAUCCGAGUUCGAACGAAGGACACGGUGGUUGUAAGUUCGAAGCAUGGUUUAGACUCGGAAUUCCACCGCAUACAUGGAGGAAGCCUUGAAGCUGUUGCAGGUGGAUUUUGAUCAGAAGCUAGAAAUGCAAAAUAAGCUGAUGAUGGGUAUGAUGUCAAAAGUUAUGAAGAAAGCGGUUGAACUACAAAAGAAGAAAGGAAAGAGGGCAAUAUAAGAUGAAGGAAGCAGUACUUCCAGUACGGAUGAAGGAUCAUCAUCAGAUGAUGAUGAUGAGGGAGGCGAUCAUUCUGGAAAAUCUUCAGCUGGACAACAAUAGCGAUUCAUGCCUAAAGUAGAAUUUCCCUCUUUCGAAGGUCAGAAUGCUAAAAUCUGGGUACAAAAAUGUGAAAGAUACUUCAAACUUUGUGUUAUUCCUGAUAAACAAAAGGUAAAUUUAGCUUCAUUAUACCUUGAGGGAAGAGCCAUUAAUUGGUUUGGGAAUUAUAUCAUGUCAAGAAAGAAAUUGUUGUGGAGUCAAUUUGUGGCAGAUGUAUAUGCGAGAUUCAAUAUUAAUAGGUGGUGGAGAGGUUCAAUAAUUUGAAACAGACAGGGCCGAUGGAAGAAUUUGUUGAUGAAUUUGGAUUGUUUCCUAGCCGCUUUGAAGCCCACGCUUAAAUCAUUUGUUGAAGCUUUUAAGCCCAAUACUAUGGCUGAAGCAAUAGAGUUUGCUAGGUUACAAGAAGAUACUGUGGAAGCCUUGGCUAAUCAGACCAAAUCUGUCAAUCAUCACAAGAUUCCUAUAUCUAAACCAUUGCUUCCUACUCCCAUUAUACACCAUAAGAAUGUGCCAGUGACAGCCAAUCAAAAUAGCUCAAGUAUGUUGAAAUGGCCUACAAAUAUAGUCCCAAGAAGAUUUGUAUCAGCUAAUGAGAGAGCCAAAAAGAGAGCUAAAGGUUUAUGAUACUACUGUGACCAGCCAUUCAGUAAAGAGCAUAAGUGCAGCCAUAAGGGUACUCAAUUGUUUUUUGUGGAAGUAUCAGGCUGUGAACAAGAAGGGGAGAUGGAGAUGAAAAGUCAUGCUGAAGAUAUAGAGAUAGACUCUAAUAUGGGAAGCAACAUGACUAACGUGGAACCAUUAAUCUCUUUCAAUGCUAUUAAUGGGUAUGCAUAUUUCAGAACUAUGAGGGUUACAGGAUAUGUGGGCAGAAAACUAGUAUUGCUUCUGAUUGAUUCAAGCAGUACUCGUAAUUUUUUGAGUACUACCAUAACCAAGAGGUUGGGUUGUAGAAUGGAACAUAUUUCACCAAUACCUGUAGCAGUGGCAGAUGGGCCACAAUUGAAGUGCCAGCAUAAAUGCAAGAAUCUGAAUUGGAAGAUGCAGAAUACUCAGUUUUCUUCAGAUGUGUUGUUACUUCCAUUGCAGGCUUAUGAUAUGGUAUUGGGAGUACAAUGGCUAUGUACACUUGGAGAUAUUAAUUGGAAUUUUCAGGAACUUCAGAUGAAAUUUAAGUACAAAGGUCAAAUGGUAGUAUUGAGAGGCCAAAAACCUGGAAGAUUGAAGACCAUAAGUGGGACAACCAAACAAGUGCACAAGCAACUCAACUGUACCUAAUACAUUAUCUACCUGAUACAGCAGGAGACACUAAAUUGGAAGGAGAAGAAAUUCAUUUCAGAAUCAAAAUAGAAGAGGGGACAACUCCUGAAUGUUUGAAUGAUAUUAUUGAGUAGUAUAAGGAGAUCUUCCAGGAACCUAAAGGUCUGCCACCAAGCACGGGUGUAUUUGAUCACAGGAUAACUAUUAAAGAAGGGUCACAACCUGUCAAUAUCCGACCUUAUAGAUACCCUUUAAAACAUAAGGAUAUAAUAGAAUAGAAAGUGAAAGAACUGUUGGAUGAAGAUAUCAUUCAACCUAGCUCUUCUCCUUAUGCUUCUCCAGUGGUGUUAGUAAACAAAAAGGAUGGAGAUUGGAGACUGUGCACAGAUUACAAAGCUCUGAACAAACAAACCAUUAAAGAUAAGUUCCCAAUUCCUGUAAUUGAUGAGUUGAUUGAUGAAUUAGCUGGAGCAAACAUAUUUUCUAAACUGGAUCUAAGAGCAGGCUAUCACCAGUUGAGAGUAUGUCCAGAAGAUGUGCAUAAAACAGCCUUUAAGACUCAUUAUGGUCAUUUUAAGUUACUAGUUAUGUCCUUUGGGUUAACUAAUGCACCAGCUACUUUUCAAAGUUUUAUGAAUCAUAUAUUCAAGGACUUUCUGAGGAAAUUUGUUCUUAUCUUCUUUGAUGAUAUUCUUGUAUAUAGCCCUGAUUUGGAAAGCCAUAAGAUACAUUUGCAACAGGUGUUUGAAGUUCUUAAGCAACAUCAAUUAUAUGCUAAGAAAAGCAAAUGUAAUUUUGGUAUGAAGAGGGUGGAGUACUUGGGGCACUUCAUAUCUGGGAAAGGGAUGGAAACAGAUGGAAGAAAGAUUAAGACUAUAGUUAAAUGGCCAAUUCAUGUUUCAUUAAAACAACUCAGAAGUUUCUUGGCUUAGCAGGUUAUUACAGGAAGUUCAUCAGGUGCAAUAAUAGCCAAACCAUUGACAAAUUUAUUGAAGAAGGAAGCUUUUAAAUGGUCUGAAGAAGCUAUGGUAGCAUUUGAGAGGUUGAAACAAGCUCUAAGCGCUGCACCAGUCUUAGCAUUGCCUGAUUUCAAUAAACAGUUUGUUAAUGAAACAGAUGCAUCAAAUAUGGGCAUAGGGGCUGUCUUGAUGCAGGAAGAACAUCCAUUGGCUUUCAUAAGCAGGUCACUAGGCACCAGAUGGCAGAAUCUAUCAAUAUAUGAGAAGGAGUUGUUAGCAUUGGUGUUUUCUGUUCAAAAAAUGGGAGCAGUAACUCUUUGGUCAGACCUUUAUCAUUAAGACUGACCAAAAGAGUCUGAAAUGGUUGCUGGAGCAAAAGAUUUCAACCCCUUUUCAACAAUUUUGGUUAUCUAAAUUGAUGGGGUUUAGAUAUGAAAUUCAGUACAAAAGUGGAGUUGAGAAUAAGGUGGCUGAUGCAUUAUCCAGGGUGACUGGGGCAGAACUACUUUGUAUAGCUAUAUCUUCAAUACAAAUAGUUUUGAUGGAUAUGAUCAAGAAGAGUUAUGAAGGAGAUGAUCAUCUGAAAAAGAUUAUGGAUCAAUUGUAAAGUAAUACAAUGAUGGGUGACACAGUUUACACUUUUCAUGAAGGGGUUUUGAGGAAGAAAUGCAAACUGGUAGUACGACAAGAUCCUAGCAUUAGAAAAAAAAAUAUUACAAUGGGCCCACAGUUCUGCCACUGGGGGGCAUUCAGGACAAGAAUUAGGCACUUGUUUCAUUGGAAAGGCCUUAAUAAAGAUACUCAAGCUUUCAUUAGAGCUUGUCAGAUUUGCCAGGCUUGCAAAUAUGAUAAUUCUGCAUAUCCAGGGAAGUUACAACCAUUACCAAUUCCUAAAGAGGUCUGGGUGGACGUGUCCACGGAUUUUAUUGAAGGAUUGCCUACAUCUUAUGGAAGGAAUGUUAUAUUUGUAGUAGUGGACAAAUUAAGCAAGUAUGCACAUUUCAUGACCCUUAAACAUCCGUUUACAGCAAUUGAAAUAGAUCGAAGCUACUUGGAUCAUGUGUUUAAGCUUCAUGGUUGGCCAAGUACUAUUGUGAGUGAUAUAGGAUUAGUUUUUCUAAGCACUUUUUGGAAGGCUUUAUUUAGUGUGCAAGGGGUGGACCUGCUGCUAUCUACUUCAUUCCAUCCUCAGACAGAUGGUCAAACAGAAGUAGUAAACAGAUGUUUAGAAAAUUAUUUGAGGUGCAUGUGCUUUGAGAAAUCACAAAGCUGGUGUAAGUGGCUGCCAUUAGCGGAAUAUUGGUAUAACACCACUUUUCACUCUGCCAUAGGAAUGACUCCUUAUGAGGCAGUAUAUAAUCAGCCUCCUCCCUUACAUCUACCUUACUUGGCUGGGGUAACUAAGAUUGCAGCGGUGGACAGAUCAAUGCAGUAAAGGGAGAGCAUGAUUCAGCUUCUAAAGUUACAUUUGCAAAGAGCACAAAACAAGAUGAAUAUGUGGGCUGAUAAGAAGAGAUCAGAAAGAAUGUUUAAUAUUGGAGAUUGGGUAUGGUUGAAAUUGGAAUCCUACAGACAGACCAUAGUGGAAUACAGAUGGAAUGAUAAACUAGCCCCUAAGUUCUAUGGUCCUUUUCAAAUAAGCCAAACAGUGGGAAAAGUGGCUUAUCAGUUGAAGUUGCCAGCUGAAGCAAAGAUUCAUAAUACUUUCCAUGUUUCUCAAUUGAAGGAGUUCAAAGGAAUAUUGCCAGCUAAACCUCAUAUUCCUACGUGGUUACAUAAUAUAGAUAAGGAGAGCACUCUGAAGCCAAGGGCUGUGUUGGCAAGACAGAUGGUGAAGGCUCAGAAUCAAGCUAAGAUCAAAUUUCUCAUUUAAUGGCAAGGACAGGAGGAGGCAGAUGCUACCUGGGAGUGGGCUGAACGCAUCAAGGAAAAAUUCCUAACAUUUUAUAGUCAAGUGACUUGAGGACAAGUCAAUUGUAAAAGGGGAGUAUUGAUACAUUUAGUUUUAGUUGGGAACUAGUUUAGCUGUAUUAUUUUCUGGAAUAAAUCGGUUUAGUUAGUUGAACAAGUUGUUAGCUAAUUAGAACCGUAUAUAGGAGGCUGGGAAUUGUAUAGGAGGCUGUUAUCAAUCAAAUUCUCAUUACACAUCUUCUUUCCUUAUCUCUCUGUAAACUGCCCUUACAUUUCAUACAUUUCUCGAAUUCUCUUCUCCAUCUUAAUGAGAAUUCCUAGACUGUAUCAUUCUUCCAUCUGACCGAAGUUUCUUCCCCUUUCAUCUGGACCUGUCUUUCGUUUACAGCUGCUCCAAGCCCAAGCAGAAGACGCUCCGGAUCUUCAAUUGUGCAGCGGUGAGGACAAAGGAGGCUAAGUAAUUAGCGACUUAGGGUCGCUUUUGACCCUCAAAAUUGGGGGAAGGAAUCCAAAUCCAAAAGAUUCAUGAACUAUUCAUCAUUGGGUAACGAGUAUAUAAUGUGAUGUGGUUUGUGAGGUUGAAUGCUCUAGCAUGGCUGGCAUAGCACAAGAAAUCAUGAAGUUAAAUGGUUUCUCUGAUGGUGAUGCUCGAGUUAGCUUUUAAUAUUAUGAUAUUUCAUGUAUUACUGGCAUACCAUCUAUCAUACUUUGGCAGCUUAUUCAAGCAUACCAACUCUCUCGUAUUAUUUUGCUUUCAAUGAUAACUACAAUGUUAUUAAGGGAAAGAUUGAAGAAAUUGAACUUCAUGUUGCUCAAGUUGAUAUAAUAAUCUCUGAGUGGAUGGUAAAUACAACACUCUCUGCCCGCAAUAAGCGGCUUGUAAGUUUCUUUUAAUGCAUUGCUUUGUUA